AUGGAGGUCAAUAACUCAUCUACUGCAAAUGUUGUGAGUAGACCAGAUAUUACACAUCAUCAUCACCAAACACUAAGUCAAAACAAUAAAUGGCAACAACAACAAGAACAACAACAACAACAACAACAAUUUUCAAACAACAUAUCUAUUGCGAAACCACCCGUAAUAAACACUUUGAACACAUGCUCACAACCCUCACUAAAAGAGCCACUCUUCGAAUCACAAUCCUCAACAAAUCAGGCUUUUAAACAGACACCACUGCUGACAAAAGAAAAUUCGUCCAAGUGUGAUUCCGAAAAGCAAUCAGAAACCCUUCCACCAGUUCCAUCACUAAAGUAUCAAGCUGCUUCAAGUGAAGCACCUGCAAUAACAAGUCAGCUCACAGGAAGAAAAGCUGCCCGAUCUUUGCGACUAUUUAGAAGCAUAGAUCAAAACGGUGUGGUGGUUGAAGAAGAAGCAGCAAACGACAAUAAUCAGACAAAGUCAUCAUCUUUGGCGGAAAAACUAGGAGCGAAGGAAACUGAGCUUGAACCUGUUUCAUCGGCUACUUAUAUACCUCAUACACCAGCAACAUUGGAACACAAGCGAGCCAAAUUGGAUGAAAUUAUGCCACAUGAACUACAAAGUUCAGUAUCGCCUGUAUUAUCCAUACAACCUCAACAUUUGACUGCUAAUUUGGAAUUUGAUCAUGGUCUUAACGGGGACAUCACCAAGAUUAUUUCCAUUUUGGAUAAAAAUAAAGUGUCUGAGAGUGAUGCCGAUAGCUGCGUUGCUUCACCCAUCAUUUCUCGUGUAUGCAGUCCCACCAAGGAGCUUUACGAAGCCGAUUUAGUCAAUGAGUAUACAAAGCAUGUUGAUGAUAAAUCGCCAAAUACAAGCUCACCUGAAGCGGAAACUGAGUUUCCCUUAGCUGUCGAAUUGAGACCAUUCAAAAAUAAGGUUGGUGGUCAUACUGCCAUUUUCUCGUUCUCAAAAGAAGCAGUGUGCAAAGCACUAGUAAAUAGAGAAAACAUUUUCUAUGAAAGUAUAGAAAUCCAUCACCCUGAGCUUUUGAAAUUCAUGCCAAGAUAUAUUGGCGUUUUAAAUGUGCGGUAUUCCAGUUUGAUAAAUGAACAUGACAAUGUGGAGGAUAAAGUUGACAAUGGUGAGAAGGAACAAGAUUUGGAGGUUAACGAAACGCACAAAUUGCGUCGUAAAUCGGAAAUCAUGUCACCCGAAGUCGUUCUUGAUGAUAACAAACACAUUAUUCCCGACACUUUGUGGAAGCAUUAUUCAGAGUCGAUGCCAUCACCCAAAUCGUCAUUCAUGGACAGUCCUAAACAGAGUCCCAUUCCGAGUUUAACCAACUCGCCUUCGCAACAUCCAAACCCAGGCUCUACAUCAGUAAACACAGAAUUGCAAUUUCAAGUUUUGCAAGAAGUUUUUCAGCCAUUAAGAUUGCAUGAUGACUUUUUCGAAAUGGAUGAGGAUAGGGAAGCGAAUGAAGGAGGUUCGCAUCAACGUUCGUUUUCUCAACCGAGUGAUGAAGUAUUGCUUCGUAAACAUACAAGAUUUGAACGCUUUAUAUUACUUGAAGAUUUGACAUCAAGAAUGAAGAGACCUUGUGUUUUGGAUUUGAAAAUGGGUACUAGGCAGUACGGUGUUGAUGCAUCUUUCAUAAAACAACAGUCUCAAAGACGCAAAUGUUUAGCCACAACAUCAAGAAAAUUGGGAGUUCGUUUAUGUGGGUUACAAAUAUUCAAGUAUAAUGAUCAAAGAUUGAUUAGAGAUAAAUAUUUUGGCAGAAGAAUUAAAAUCGGGGUUCAAUUUUGCAAAGUGCUUGCCAAAUUCUUAUACAAUGGCAAAGACAUUUACUCCAUUUUAUUCCGCAUACCUCAUUUAAUUCACCAAUUACGAGCCUUGUAUCAGAUUUUUCAGAAUUUACCGGGUUAUCGCAUGUAUGGAUCACUGAUUCUUUUAAUGUAUGAAGGUGGAUCUGUAAAAGAAGAUCAACCAGCAAAUGUCAAAAUCAUUGAUUUUGCCCAAUCGGUUAUAUCGGAAGAAGAGAAGGAUCAUGUGAAUAUCCCACCAUCACAUCCAGACUUGGUAGAUUUUGGUUAUUUACGAGGUAUUCAUUCGUUAAUUUUUUACUUUACAUCAAUUUUCCAAAUUUUGAGUCAAACAAAGGUUGACAAGGUAAAUGAUAUGCAUAGUUGGGUAAAGGAACAUAAAGAUGAGUUGGAGGUUAAUUGUCCCUGGUUGGAUGAUUAUGCAGAGGUUGAAGGUGAAGAAGAUGGUGGUGUAAAUAAUAUUGAUGUUAAUGACCCAUUCAAUGUUGAUUUUAUUAUCGAUGAAAGUGACGAAAAUAUAUCUGAAUAG